GAAUUUUCGAAAAAUCUAACAUAUGAAAUGUCAUCUAAAUCUCAAACACUCGCCACCUACGAAUGGCAAGAAGCAGACCCUCGUUUUGCUCCAUUGCCUGGUCAAAACCGUGCAAACCAUCCCAUGGCGAAGGUAACCAUCAUCAACUACAGCGAAGAAAAAGAGUUUUUCAUCCAUCGCGAACUACUCACUCGCUACCAUCCCGGAUUAUUCACCAGCAUCCUCGGCCCCAUUGAAAAGCGUAAAUCUUUCAAACUUACUGUAGAUCCAAGAGUUUUCACAGGAUUAUUGCAAUUCGCAUAUCGGGGUAGAUUUUGGCUACCGGAAACUACUCAAAAUAUCGAAGUUUUAUGGGAUCUCUUCAUAUUUGCCGAGAAGAAGGAGAUUGUCAUCUUGCAAGAUAUUUUGAUCAAUCGCAUCGUUUCGUUUUAUUUCAAAUCGAAUACUUUCCCCACAAUGGAAACAAUCAUGAACGUGUACAAGCACACCGCGCCCGAAACCUCGACGCAAACACACUCAAUGGCGCGACGUUUCUUAGCCAGAUGUUAUGUUUCGCAAUCUUUAGGAUGCUUUUAUGGCUCUAAAUUUAGAGAGUCAGACGCGAGUAUUGACCACGCUCUGUUAUGGACGGAUGGACUUCAAUCUGAUACGAUGAAGGUAAUUUGGGAACCAGCAGGGUCUCCGUGGAAGGUGGAGACAGAUCCUAGAGAUCCCAAGAGAGUUCAUCCAUGUGUUUAUCAUCAGCAUGCAUUGAAAGAGAUGCAUAAAUGGGAGUUUCUGGGUGUUGGGGUUGAAUGAGAAGAAGAUAAUCAAAGUUGAGGAUUGGACGGAGGACUUCAUGAGAGAGAAGUGAGAGCAUCAAGCAACGAACCGUGUCACUCGUUCAACUGUUGAGGAUGGGAUAAAAAAUGAACAAAAAGCCA